AUGGAGGGUGAAGACGGUGGUGAACACGAUCUGUCACUCUGUCCCGUGUUUUUUAUCGAAAUCUUUGCUAACGUUGUUUGCCAUCACACGACCACCGUCCAACGGCUUUUCCUGCCGCAGGAGCAGUUAACACAGGCCAGCACAUCGUGGUCGGCUAUAUGUAGCAAGCUUUCUCAGCUGGGAGUACCCUUUAGCCUUCAUGCCACGGUGAUGCAUAAGAUCAUCGAAUGUGCACGUUCGGCCUUGAGCGAAACGCGUAACAAGGAACGCAAGAACAUCCCUAUUAUCGUCACUCUCGGUCCCGAAAGAUUGCCAUGGGAGGAGGAAGAAGCAGUGAGGGGUAGAAGCAAGGGAGCCAUUGGAUCAUUGAAGGAUGUUGAAGUUGAAGGUAAUAUGAAGUGUGUUAUUUGUUUGGAAGAGAUAUUGGAUGGAUGCCUACCUGAUCUGUGA